CACGUUGUUGCCACUGUCUCCGCCCCCUUCCCUUCCUCGUUCGGCACACAGCAGCGAACGUAGCCUCCCUCCCUCCCUCCCUCCACACCUAUCCAAUCAUCCAUCCAUCCAUCUUGCUCCAGUCUCCUGCUCCGUCUCUCUCUCCGGGCCGGGCCAAAAGCAUGGCCAAAGCAGCGCUCGCCGCCUGCGCGCGCCUCUGCCUUUUGCUCCUAAGCGUCUCGGCGGUGGUGGCCGCCGCCGCCAUGGUGGAACCGGCGCGCUGUGACCGCGGGCGCGUCGUGGACCAGCGCGGAGGACGCUCCCCAGCAGACGGAGACGAGGACGCGCUCGGCGCCCAGGAGGAGGAGGAGGAGGGCUCCCCCCCACGCCUCAGGAGAGCGCUGUCCCGGGCUAAAGCAAUGUCCCUGCAAAGCAGCUCGUUCGUCCUGAAAGGCGAUGCGACCCACAACCAGGCGAUGGUCCACUGGACAGGCGAGAACAGCAGCGUCAUUCUCAUCCUGACCAAGUACUACCACGCAGACUCCGCCAAGGUGCUGGAGAGCUCUCUGUGGAGGUCCGCCGACUAUGGCGGCACCUACACCAAGCUCAACCUGGUGCCAGGGACCACCGUCGUGGUGAGCAGCUUCUACAUCUGCCCGACCAACAAGAAGAAGGUGCUUCUGGUGGGCUCCUCGGUGUACCAACGUGAGCAGAUGCUGUUCAUCAGCGUCGACGAGGGCUCCUCCUUCCAGCGCCGCUCGCUGUCCUUCAGCCCGGACGUGCUGCUCUUCCACCCCAAGGAGGAGGACAAGCUGCUGGCCUACUGCAAGGACGGGCGGCUGUUUGCCUCUGCCGACUUGGGCCGCACGUGGACUUUGCUUCAGGAGCGGGUGACCAAAGACAGAGCAUUCUGGGCAGUGCCCGAUGUGGAUGUGGAUCCUGACCUGGUGCACAUGGAGAUGCAGGACACAAGUGGAGGUUACCUGUACGUCACCUGCGUCAUCCGGAACUGCUCGGCGGCGGCCAGCGCUGAGUUCCCGGGUCACAUCGACCGCAACUCUCUGUCCGUGCGGGGCGACUACAUUUUCCUCAAGGUGACGGCGGGGAAUCGCAGCGAGCACUACGUCUCGUAUCGCCGCGCCGACUUUGUCCAGAUGAAGUUUCCCAAGUACGCCUUGGCAAAGGAUGUCCGCAUCGUGAGCACGGACGAGCGGCAGGUCUUCCUGGCCCUGCAGGAGUGGCACCAGACGGACUCGUACAACCUGUACCAGUCGGAGGCGCGCGGCGUCUACUACUCCCUGGUGCUGGAGAACGUGCGCAGCGCCCGGCAGCCGGAGGGCGACGUCCUGGUCGACAUCCUGGAGGUCCGUGGCAUUAAAGGGGUCUUCCUGGCCAAUCAGAGGCUGGACGGCAAGGUGCGGACUCUCAUCACCCACAACAAAGGACGGGAUUGGCAGCCCUUGGCCCCGCCCGCCACCGACAUGCACGGCAAAGCCAUCAGCUGCAAAGCGCCCGAGUGCCAGCUGCACCUGCACCUGCGCUGGGCGGACAACCCCUACGUGUCCGGUACCGUCCAUACCAAAGACUCGGCUCCGGGCCUCGUCAUGGGAGCGGGUAACCUCGGCUCCAAGCUGGUGGAGUACAAGGAAGAAAUGUACAUCACGUCCGACUGCGGCAAGACCUGGAGACAGGUUUUCGAGGAGGAGCACCACAUUUUGUACCUGGACCACGGCGGCGUGAUUGUGGCCAUCAAGGACACCUCCAUUCCGCUCAAGAUACUCAAGUUCAGUACGGAUGAGGGACGCACGUGGACGGUCCACAACUUCACCGCCACCUCCGUCUUCGUGGACGGACUCCUGAGCGAGCCGGGAGACGAGACCUUGGUGAUGACCGUCUUCGGUCACAUCAGCUACAGGUCCGACUGGGAGCUGGUCAAAGUGGACUUCCGGCAGUCUUUCCCUCGCCAGUGCGCAGAGGCCGACUACGAGUCCUGGCAGCUCACAGACCUGCAGGGCGAAAAGUGCAUCAUGGGCCAGGAGCAGACUUUCCGCAGGAGGAAGGACGCCGCCUUCUGCGUCAAAGGGAAAAGCUACACCUCGGCCCUGGGGACCAAAGCCUGCCGCUGCAGCCAACGAGACUACGCCUGCGACUACGGUUUCGAGCCAUCCCACGCGGAAAGCGGACGGUGCUUGGCCGACUUUUGGCACCGUCCCAACUCGCCGCCGGACGACUGCCGCCCGGGGCAAACCUUCCGGUCCAGCACGGGGUCUGCGCUCAACACGCCAAAACAUCCGUCUUCGUUCCUGACCGCCGUCACGUGGCCGCAAUUGUCAAAAGCGUGGCCAUUUGUCAAGCGUGGCUUUUUUUUGUGUUGCAGGUAUCGCAAGGUGCUGUCAAAUGUGUGCCAGGGGGGCCUGAACAGGAGCGGGCGGCAAAGUCACUGCCCUCUGCUGCCCCCCAGAGGACUGCGAGUGGCCGUCAAAGGACAGACGCCGGCCGUGGCCCCGGGCGACGACGUCACGCUCGUCGUCCGCCAGCAGGCGGGCGACACCGGCGGCACCGAGUACCAGGUGGACCUGGGCGACGGCUUCCGGGCCAUCUACCGGAACCUGACGCUGACGGACGAGCCCAUCCGCCACCGCUACGAGAGCCCGGGCGUCUACAAAGUUUCCGUGCUGGCGGAGAACGCGGCGGGUCGCGACCGGGCCAGCGUCUACAUCCAGGUCGCAGCGCCUCUGCAACAAGUGCGCCUGGAAGCCGUCCCCGUGGCCGGGAGGAACCAGCAGAUCAACCUGACGGCCGCGGUCCUUCCGGCCGACGCCAACCUGACCGUCUUCUACUGGUGGAUCGGAGACAGCCCGCAGCCGAGGUUGACUCUGCGCAGCAGCUUGCUGACCAGCUUCCCGAAGGAGGGCCGCAUCUCAGUCAGCGUCCAGGCCACCAACGGGAGGUCAGCGGUGCAGGAUUCAAGGACGGUCCGCGUCUUAGAAAGCUUCCACGUCAUCCCGCUGAGCUUCAGCGCGCACCUGGACCGCUUCAAUCCUGACAUUCCCGAGUGGCGGGAGGACGUGGGCCGGGUGGUCACCGAGACGCUGGUUGAGGCGACAGGCGUUCCGCAGGAGUCGCUGGUGACGGUGGUGAAGGCGGGCCUGCCCACCGCCGCCGACCUGUACGUCCUCCCGACGGAGACCAGCGCGUCGCACCGCGAGCGUAUCGCCACCAUCCAGCGAGCCUUCAAAGACCACAACGUCAGCUUUACGCUGCGAGGAGGUCUCCGGGUUGCGGUGCUGCCGGCCGAGCCGAGCGCAGGUCACGGAGUCGCUGGCGCUCCCGGCGUCUGGGCCCUCGCCGUCGCUCUCCUCAUCGGCGUGGCGGCCACGGCCUCCUUCCUUCUCCACAAGUUCAAGAGGAAGCUUCCGGCCGGCAGCCGCAGCGUCUACGCCCAGAUGCGCGACGAGAAGGAGCAGGAGAUGACCAGUCCCGUCAAUCACAGCGAGGACACGCAGCACAUCAUCCGGGGCGACGAGGACGACGAGGCCGACCCGCUGGGUCGCGCGGGAGCGAGCCCCGCCGUCCGCUCCCUCAUACGGACCACCGCUAACCGCUGCUACUGAACUCGGUCGGCGCCACUCAAACACAAGGCAACCUUCAGCGGUGGCUCCGGAGAAGUCGGCCGGCCGAGCGGGAUUUCACUCGGCCUUCCCUUAAGCGCACCCCCAUGCCUCAAAGCCACGGCGGCGACCCGCUUCGACGGACGCUCUCCUCCGAUGGGCGGCGGGCGGGCGGGCGCCCAGAAGUUGCCCCCUUCUCACCACGCCCCCCCACGAUCAUUAACCAAUGAAAGUCGGGGGCACCGAGGGAAUUUUUUCGUUUUUUUUUUUUUUCUUCCAGACAGCCUAUAUUAGGUGGAGCAUCAGCGCAGUGGUGUAAAAGUGUACACGGGAACGUCGGCUUCCUUUUUCACUCGGGUGUUUUUCACGGCAACCGUGUUGUUUUGGUGGUGUUGUUUUUUGAAGAAAGAGUAGCAGGCCUUAAAAAAAACGAUUGAAGCCGUCAGAACCAGACCAGGGCAGCUCUGUACCUCCUUUUUCACGUGUUUUUUGUUUUGCACUUAGUAAUAUUUUCAGUAAUACUGCCUCCCUCCCUCCCUCCCUUUUUGAUACAUUUGCAGCAAAUAGCAAUGUGACUAUUUUUGAUAUGCUCACCAUAUCCUUUUGGAGACUUUCUGCUCAAACGUAUCAGGACACCUGCGGGAUAUCCCACUUUGCACGGAGUGGAGCUGAGGAACGUGCGUCCCGAGAGUGGCUUCACUUUCAUGUUUCAUGUUUCGUACAUAUUCCGCUCGCCCUUUGGCCGUUCUUUUGCCAUUUGUCACCGACCCAGCCGGGAAAGACGUUCACAUGAGCACAGAUGGCACAACGGUUUUCCCCGCUCGCCAUCAUUCCUACGCUCGGAUGGGAUCGCCCUUUUCUUUGUCGGCGGGCGAGCCGAUCCGAUGGUCCCGGUCGGGGAGCGCCCCGCCCCUCCCGGCCGGAAUAAAGGCCUCCCGGCUAACA